UUUCUGUAAUAGAAGACUAUUUUUUAAUUAUUGAGUUAUUAAGUAGUCUCGAGAAGGGAUCUGCAUGUCGAUAACACAUCGAGUAAAGAUCCAAGAUGAACGCAAGAGGAAAAAAUGGGCCGGUGUUUAUCAAGACAUACAGUAAACGGAUGCGAAAGGUGGAGCCUUGGUUCUCCCCUGACCUGAAGAAAGCAGCUUUCUCUUUUUCAAGCACUCCUUCAUCAGAUCAGUCCAUACCAGAGGAGACACAGCCCAAGAAACGGAGAAGAAGAGAAACAGCCUCUCGCCCUGCUAAGAGCAAAGGCAUGACUGCCAUAAAGGAGAACAUGAGUGAUGAGGAAAACUAUGCACCAACCUCACCAUUCAGAAAGAAGACAAAUGCAAAACCAGUAAGGACUACAGCUGUGAGAAAGACUCAAACAAAAAAGAAGGCUAAAAUAUAUAAACAAUUAAUACUCAGCAACAGCAGUGAAAAUGACGAUGAGUCCUUUACGACGAAGAAAGGCCAUGCAAAAACGUCUGCUGAUAAACGUCCUGGUUCCAAGAAAGUGUUAGACCCUCCCCAUCUGGGCAGGUUUGUCACUCAUCGCAAAAGACCAGCACCACCCAUGCGAACUAAGCAAAUUUCUGUUGCUGUUCACCGCACGCUAAAUUCCUCAGAUGAUUUCCUCCCUGUGUUUUCCCAAAAGAAGCGCAAGAAGCCGUUCUACAUGGAACACCAUGACUCAAAUAAUCAUGCUGCUAACAAGAACCGCAAACGCACACAGAACCGUGCGACUCUGGCUGAGGUCUCUUUCAAUGAUAGUGAUGACCAGCAGCUUCCGAGUAAACGUCCCCUGCUGUCCAGCACCCCAUCACUGGUCUGCAGAAAGCUCCAGAACUUACCAGAGCCCUCCAUCAGUGAGAUCUCCUCCCUCAGCUUUGAUGAACUUCACCAACCUACUGAAAACAACAACAGUGCUCAUAGUUUGAAGAACGUUAAAGCGUGUGACCACACCGCACGAGAGAAGACAAGUCAGCAGCUCCCAAACCCAGACAUCUCUUCUGGAGAGAGAGCGGAGGGUGAAGAAGAGGAUGCAGUUGUGGAAGAGAGAGCUGGGUAUGGAGAGAGGGAUCAGAGAAAUGAAGGAUCUGAAGCAGACGCCACGUCUGCACAGGCAAGCAGAGGUUUUGGAUGCGUGUUAACACCGUCACACCUAGAAUCCUUAGCAGAGGACCUAAAGGAGAGAUGUCGCACAGUGGAUGUAGACUUGGCGCUCAAAAGAAUCGAUGUCUCAGACCAUCUGUCGUUGCAAAGCUGCAGCAGGAAACGGGAAAAGAAGAUUGCCUCAAACUGUUUGGAGUCCUCCAUGGCAACUAGACAGAACAGCCAAAACUUUGUAACUGCUUCAUCCAGCUGCUCUUCACUAUCCAAACUGUCCCUCUAUAUCUCCUCUUCGAAGUCUCUUAACACUUCUUCUUCAACUGAAGCGAUUGGCUCAAAUAUGUCCCUUCUUGACCGUCUUAAAGCUGAAUGUCUGUUAUCUUCCCUCACUGUCUGCAUUCCCCGUCUUGACUUGGGUGCGUAUCAUUUUGUCCACCAGGGGGCAACAAAAGCUCCCUGCACUGACUCGCCACACAGGCUCCCCAUCAGUCGCAGGGAAAUUGCCACCUCUCCACCUUUUAAGGGGACAGGGAAUUAUAUCCCAAACAGUCCAAUAAAUCACAGGACUCCCAGUAAUGCUGAAGCGGUUGUUCGACACUUGUCUGCAUCAUUCCAACCACCUCCAGUCUCUCCACCUGCCUCUGCACCUCAUAGCAAAACACGACCGCCUGCUGUGCUUAAAGAACGCACAGGUGCUGGUACUGGGACCGGUCGUAAAGUUUGUGUGAGUGGACUGAAUGUCAGCCGCUGGUCAAAGAGGGGUACUGGAGAGUUCAAUGAAAAACGGAGGAAAAAGGAAGGACGAACAAAGGCUGUGUCUGGAGACUACAGUUCUGGGUGCAGCAUGUUAUCUGCUGGAGCAGACACUUAUGCAGCGGAAACAACAUGUGGCUGGCUGCAGGGCACCAGUGGGAUUGGUCUGGCUGUGACGCCUAUCAGAAUGGCGCAAAUGAAUCUCUCCUCCAUCCUGGCCAACUUCACUCCUGACACACUCACGACACACUCCUGGGGCCGACUAAAGGCAGCACUGUCCCUACAUAAGAAGAAAACUGCAUUUCCGACCCCUCGGCGCUUGGUACAGUCUCAUCUGAAGUCCCCAGGCUCUGGUUUUCCAGCUGACACCACUAGUUUAGACCUGUUUGCUUCCCCUCUCUUCACACCAUCCAGAGUCACACCUUUACGCAUGCUCCGGUCCACCAUGAACACCCCCAUGACAUCAUAUGAUGAGGAUAUCAGCGAUGCAGAAAAAGUGUAUCAGGAAUGUCAGCAGAGCGGCCCACUUUCCUUUAGUGACUGUAUCCCUCCAGCUCGCAUGAAGCACUGUAACAAGAUUGGCGAAGGGACAUUUGGAGAGGUCUUCUCAACUAUAAACGAUUCCAAUGAGACCGUUGCUCUCAAAAUCAUCCCAGUAGAAGGCAGUCAGCAGGUCAACGGUGAACACCAGAAAACAUUUUGUGAAAUCCUCCAUGAAAUCAUCAUUUCCAAAGAGCUGAGCAGCCUUAACCUAAAGGAGAUUAACAAGACAGAUGGUUUCAUUGGGCUCAACAAUUUACAUUGUGUCCGUGGACGUUACCCUGAAGCUCUGCUCAAAGCCUGGGACAAGUUUGACCGUCAGAAGGGAUCAGAGAAUGACAGACCUGAUUUCUUUGAUGAUGAGCAGCUGUUUUUAAUCCUGGAGUUUGAGUUUGGAGGGAGUGAUCUAGAGAACAUGAAUGGAAAGCUAACCUCCAUGGCCCAGGCCAAGAGUGUUCUUCAUCAAGUCACCGCAGCUUUGGCUGUUGCUGAGCAAGCCCUGUGCUUUGAACACAGAGAUCUUCAUUGGGGGAACAUCCUGGUGAAGAAUGUCAAGCACAAGCACAAUGAGUUCAUUCUUAAUGGAACGGUGCAUUCCAUAGAGACUCGAGGGGUUCAUGUCAAUAUUAUUGACUACUCGCUCUCACGUCUGGAGAUCGAUGGACUGACGGUGUCAUGUGAUAUCUCUUCUGAUGAAGAGUUGUUUAUGGGACAGGGAGAUUACCAGUUUGACGUCUACCGCCUAAUGAAGAAAGAAAACAAUAACUGCUGGUCCAUUUAUAAUCCCCAUUCCAAUGUGUUGUGGCUGCACUAUCUGGCUGAUAAGCUUUUGAGUAUGAACUACAAGAACAAAGCCAAGUCCAACCAGCAAAGGACACUAAAAAGUGGCCUCAAAUCGUUCCAGUCGGAGAUCCUGAAUUAUCCAUCAGCUACAGAAGCUCUAAUGAACUGCACAUUCUUUCAGUGAAACUUUUGUUUUAAUUAACACAAUAUAUAGACCUGUAUAUUUAGAUUUACCAGUCCAGGGCACGUAAAAUGUUCUAUAAAAAAGGAUAUUAAAAACAAAUAAAGAAAAUGGCCUAUCAUGCAAUUUAAAAAACAAAAA